AAAACUACAGUAGUUGUAGGUCCACAUUCCCUGGGGCUUAUGUCCCUGGGCCGACGACGUUUUAAUAAAAUAGUGAACAUGGUACGAGAUCUAUUUGCUAUUGUUGGUGUUGGAAGAAAGAGACAUUUAAACGAUGCUUAAUGUCCUGUGUCGCCAACCAACUGCUUCAAAAUAUUAAAAGCUAUCAUCACAAAUAUCAUACAUACGGCUCCCAGAUCUGCUCUUACCUCUCAAUUCCAGUAUAAAAGGUAAGGGUUUCUAAAAUAUCAACGAGAACAAAAAACCGUGAAUACUGUGAUGGCCUCUGAGAGGGAAGUUUUUGGUCUUUCGGGUCCAUUACACCUAACCAAUAUAGAUUGGAAUAAUGCACAUCAUCGAAGGUCAGUAGCAGCCAGUUUGGUUGAGGGUGUGUAUAUCUUGGAGCGAGACCGUCAGGAAAAACGUGAAGGUUCUCAAGCAUUGGCUCCUCCCUGGUGGGAGUUCUUUCAUUUUAAGUUGGUUCGUAAGCUGAUCGAUGAUGUUGAUUUUUGCAUCUUUGGUGCUAUUUACGAGUAUAAGCCUCCAUCGUCUCAUUGUAAUGACUCAAUAGUCUCAAUUGAUGGAAAUCCCCGCUAUGUGAUUGCGUUCCGAGGUACCAUAACUAAACCAGACUCCUUCACAAGAGACUUUGAGUUGGAUAUCCACAUAAUGCGAAAUGGACUCCACCAGACAUCUCGCUUUGAGAUUGGCAUGCAAGCUGUUCGAAACAUGGUUGGUACUGUAGGUGCUUCGAAUGUCUGGUUAGCGGGCCAUUCCCUUGGGGCAGCUAUGGCAAUGCUGGCUGGAAAAACUAUGGCUAAGAUGGGAAACUUUUUGGAAGCUUUCCUCUUCAAUCCCCCAUACUUAUCUGCCCCAAUUGAGAGAAUCAAAGAUAAGAAAGUAAAACAUGGAAUUCGAAUUGCUGGCAGUGUAAUCACAGCAGGACUUGCUCUUGCUGCAAGGGGUAAGAAUCCUAGGAGUCGAUCUGAAGAUCCAUUCUCCGCUUUGUCUGCGUGGACACCAUCUCUAUGUGUAAAUCCUGCAGACCACCUAUGCUCCGAGUACAUUGGUUAUUUUGAGCACCGAAAAAAGAUGGAAGAGAUUGGAGCUGGGGCUAUUGAGAGGUUAGCAACCCAGCAUUCAUUGGGAGGUCUAUUUAUGAGUGUCGUAGGAAAGGGUGUGGAAGCCGCGGAACCACUGCAUCUGCUUCCUUCUGCAAAUUUGACAGUGAAUCUGAGUCCUUCCAAUGAUUUCAAGCAAGCCCAUGGGAUCCACCAAUGGUGGAGACCUGACCUGAGCUUGAAGUGCAGUCUUUACAAGUUCAAAUAGUUUGCCAUAUAUAUCCAGCUUUGUCUUUGUAUAUGUCCCAUUAGUGGUUCCUAUUUCUGUGGAUUAAGGGGAGAAAAGAGAAACAUAUAUGCAUUGUUUUCCAUUGACUGAUUCCAAAUUUCCAACCAAAUUAUGUCGUUAAAUAUACGGAGUUUGUUGCUCAUUUUUUAA